CAAGAGCCCAAUUUCCUACCUACUCGAAAUACAUCAAAAGAAAAUUUAUGUUAUCGAUGUUGCGCCCGAACAUGAUUUUCCACAAAGUAUUCAAGACUUAACGACUCUACCCAAUAAUAGCGGCGAAACUGCACAAGCAUCUGUAAGUUCAAUCGAAGAAUUCCAAGCAACUAUUGAGCUCAAGUGCGCAACAGAACUCAAGGAGGUGACCAAUUCGCUCCAGAAAACAAUACACAAAUUCGUCCUAGCAGCUUUUAUUCCAAACCUACUUAACGAGAAACACGUCAUGCAAAUAACAUUUCCACACGAUGACGUAACUCCCGUUCUUCAAUUGCUCUGUCAAUCGAUUCCCACGCGAGAUCAAGAGGAAAUUAAAGAUGAAUUGGAUCAGAUUAAUCCGACGACGGGAAACGCGAUUCUGCGUCAAUACGGAAAUCGGAUUACCGAACAUAUGAAUAAUUUUUAUAAUCAUUUGGGAUUACGGUUCGAGAACAUCGAGGAUGAGAAUCCGGGAAUAAUGGUUUUCUAUGAAGGAGAUCUUGACUUUGAGAAAAUCUGGACGAGAUUUCUUGAUUUAAUUGAAACAAAUAGUGAAAAUCACGUAAAUACACGAUAA